AUGGAGUCUGAUCCUAUAUCUAGCAGACGACCAUUGCCCGUCGUUAAUUUAGAGAGUGCAAUGCUAUAUAUGGGCUUCAUUGACGGUUUAGCAAACAAUGCUGGUAAUCCGGAAACUAUGUCAGCAACACCAAGACCUAUUCCCACAGCUACCAUAUUAGCACCAACAACAACCACAAGGCCAGUUCCUACGACUACUGCUUCAGCACCAACGACAACCCGGGUUGAAACACAAUUUCGACAGUUCUUGCCAAUUAAUGAUAACAUGAACGCAUUGCGACAACAGUUAGACUCUCAAGAACGGUUAUUAAAACAACUUAUUCAAUCGAUCCCUUCGACAGGCCAGUCUAACCCUGCGGCCAUCAGCCCGAUCCACCCCACGAGCAUGUCGGCAUCACCGACUAUACAUGCUGGGCGAGACAAUACACGUCAAUUACAUGUUUCUUCCGAAGAUCUACGAGUUGCUUCGUCAAGUCAGCAGGCAAGGCUGGGAAAAGAACCGCCUAGAAAGGUUUCACUUCCUGGUAUGCAGCAUGAUCCGGUGUAUGAGCCGGUACUUGAGCCACACAUCGCGGCACUUCGUGCCGCAUUUGACUCUGCAAUGUAUGACAGCAUAACCCUUUCAUCAUUAAAUCCGCACGCACGAAACACUGGCUCACGAAGCGCCGUUGCAAACGGUAUAACAUGGCUUUCCGAAUCAUCAAGAUCAAGUCCACAAACUAGACCGGGCAAUCGAUCAAACCGUGGAAUCCCGGAAUUGCAAGAAACAAUUGAUCAAGCUGUUGUUCAAACACCAGUAGAAACAGCGGGGAGUUUCGUUGUCAAUAGUGCAAUAUCUAUUCCAAAUGUCAUGUCUGCGACAUUGCUCUCGUCCGAAGCCGUGCGAUUGGCCUAUUACAAAAUAAUAGAAGAACUUGGACAAGAGAAGGGGCAAGAAUUGAUUAAAAACAUUGCACUGAGUAGACGGAAGAAUGCGUUGAAUCGAUUAGAGAACAUGGGAAAAGAAUUAACCGAUACAGGCCAGCAAAGCGUGUCACAGCAAAGUGAAGUAAACAGUGGUUUUCUAGCCGAGUCACUUGUUCAAAUGUUUCCUGAAACCGACCCUGAGACCUCAAACCAACAACAGCUUGGAAUAGGUGAAGCAACAGCAACACUUGACAACACAUUGGCUGUGCAAAGAAGCCUAAAAGACCUCUCUGACACGGGGUCUUUAACAGACAUUAAAGAAAGAAUCAGGAUUAUUGAGGGAUUACUCGCGGCCAAAAACCAGUUGCCGCAAUCUCAACUGAAUCAGGAACAGCUUUCCACAGCAUCAACAACGACAUCAACAACUACAACACCCACACCGACCACCACAUCUAUACAUACGACAACAACAACACUUACAACGACCACCACAAGACCAACAACAACCACUUCAAAACCAACAACUGCUGCAGCUUUUGAAGAAGCAUCAGAAAGUCAAGCGUUGACUACAAACGCUGACAAUAUGGAGUCAAUUCAAAAUCAACUUGCCAGGCUCCUUUAUAUUUUAAAAACUCAGACACAGCGGUGA